AUGGCCGCUCUCAUCGUCGCUGUCGGCGCCGCUCUCUACGUCACUGCCGAGAAAAUCCACGACCACAGAGAAAAGAAGCGUGCUCUGAAAGCUAAAGAGGCCCUACGACAUGGCUCCGAAGAUGAUUCGAUUAUCGACACCGCCACAGCCAACGACCACAUGGAUAACCUCCCAGCCUACCAUAAAGGGAACCUCCCGCCAUACCACAUGGUAGACCAGCAUCCUGGCCCCACGCCCAAUAAUCAAAUUGCGGGUUCAUCGCACCGGUAUUAA